AUGUCAGAUAUUGAGGAACCAACAACCACCGCUAAAGCACCAUUCGAUAAUCCCAAUGGCGAUAUCAUCCUCCAUUCAACUGUUGAUCAUGUCGACUUCCAUACUUUCAUAGUCAUUCUUUCCCUCAUGUCUCCCGUGUUCAAAGACAUGUUCACGCUACCUCAAGAUGGUUUGCAGUCGGGCAUAUCGUCUGUACCUGUCAUUCCUGUAGCUGAGAGCAGCACAACCCUCGAAACCCUCCUUCUACUCUGCUAUCCUGCCGCAACCCCAACCUUCCACAGCUUGGAUAAUGCAAAGGCUGUGAUUGAGGCAGCCAAGAAGUACGACAUGCAAGCGGUCCUCAGCCGUGCAGCAGAUCUCGCGAUGUCCCAGUUUUUACCAACUCACUUUCUCGAGCUAUACGCUCUCUCUUGUCGACUCGGAUGGCAGCAUCAUGCGCAGACAGCUGCUACACAGGCUCUUGAGAUAAAAAAUCUAGGACGUCCCAGCACCGAGUUUGAAAGUAUGCGGGAUAUCACCGCUUUGGAUCACCACAGGCUCCUCAUAUACCAUCAUGCAUGCGGCGUCGCUGCCAAAGCAGUCGGAAACUCUCUUUCCUGGCUGAAGCCAACUAUUUCAUCCAAAGAUAUGCCAAUGUGGUCCCACACCUCGAAGGAAUGCUCUUGCAGAAAUCGUGCGGAUCUUACGACGCUCCAAGUUGCAGACUUUGGAAAACUGAAGAUCACGCAGUGGUUCAGUGAAUAUCUGGUUUCGAGUGGGAAGGAGUUGUGUGAAAGACCUUGCGAGUCGACCAUAAGGGAGUUGACCGCUUACAAUCGCACUAUUGCUAAAGCGACUGAGUGCAACGUUUGCCGCAAUACGGUCGUUGAGAGUAUGGAUAGAUUCCGUGCUUUGUAUAUCGCACAAGUUCAAAAGGUGGUUGCAAAUCAUGAUGAUUAUGCACUGAUUUUUGCGGCUUGUUUAAGAUGCAGUACAAUCGCCAAAAAGAUUAACGCAUCACUUGUAAAUUUCGUCAAUUGGCCGAAAGUUUCAAAUCCACCAUUCGACAAUCCUGAUGGCGAUAUCGUCCUCCGCUCAACUGUUGACCGUGUCGACUUCCAUACUUUUAAAGUCAUUCUUUCGCUUAUGUCUCCUGUGUUCAAAGACAUGUUCACGCUACCUCAAAACGGUUUACAGUCGGGAGUAUCGUCUGUAUCUGUCAUUCCUGUAACUGAGAGCAGCGCAACCCUCGAAUCCCUUCUUCGAUUCUGCUAUCCUACUGCCACACCAACCUUUCACAACUUGGAUGAUGCAAAGGCUGUGAUGGAGGCAGCCAAGAAGUACGACAUGCAAGCGAUCCUCAGCCGUGCAGCAGAUCUCGCGAUGUCCCAGUUUUUACCAACUCACUUUCUCGAGCUAUACGCUCUCUCUUGUCGACUCGGAUGGCAGCAUCAUGCGCAGACAGCUGCUACACAGGCUCUUGAGAUAAAAAAUCUAGGACGUCCCAGCACCGAGUUUGAAAGUAUGCGGGAUAUCACCGCUUUGGAUUACCACAGACUCCUCAUAUACCAUCAUGCAUGCGGCGUCGCUGCACAAGCAGUCGGAAACUCUCUUUCCUGGCUGGAGCCACCUAUUUUAUUCAAAAAUAUGCCAAUGUGGUCCCACACUUCGAGGGAAUGCCCUUGUAGAAGUUAUGCGGGUCUUAGGGUGCUCCAUGUUGCAGACUUUGGAAAAGUGAAGAUCACCAAGUGGUUCGAUGAAUAUCUGGUUUCGAGUGGGAAGGAGUUGUGUGAAAGACCUUGCGAGUCGACCAUUCGGGAGUCGGCAGCUUACAGUCUCGCUAUUACCAAAGCGGCUGAGUGCGACGUUUGCCGCAGUACGGUUGUCGGGAGUAUGGAAAAAUUCCGUGCUGUGUAUAUUGCACGAGUUAAAAAGGUUGUUGCAACUGUGAGCUUUCCCUGCUAA